AUGAACAAGAAUGGGAAAAGUGAAAACUAUUUUCAGGAUUCGAGACUUCGAGGUAAAGUGAAAAGCAAAGGCUUUGGAAAAUAUGCUUCAAACCUCUCUUCAGUGUCCCCACGGAUAUUAUUAUCUGGUCCCGCAGGCUCCGAAAUAUACCAGGAAACUUUGUCCAAGGCACUUGCUAAGCAUUUUUCUGCCAGCCUACUAAUUGUGGAUUCUCUUUUGCUAUCUGGUGGCACAUCAUUAACAGAAGUGCACAAUGCUAAAGAAAGUGCAAAGCCUGAAAGAACACCUGCAGUUGCUAAGAGAAGUACUCAGGUUUCCACAUCACAGCACAAGAAAUCAGUCUCUAAACUAGUCUCUAGUGUUGAUGGGCAAAUUAUUGGUGGAUCCACAUUCUGUUCUCCAGGGUGGGUGAAACUAGAGACUAAUGUCGGGUCAUCAAAAGCCACUAUUCUUAAAAAUGGUGAUCGAGUAAAAUUUAUUGGUCACAUUCAUUCACCCUCAUCGCCACAAACUAAAGGGCCAAGCCAUGGCUCUCGUGGCAGAAUUCUCCUCGCAUUUGAAGAUAACGGGUCUUCAAAAUUUGGGUUAGGUUCGAUAGAUCAAUUCCAUAUGGCAAUGAUCUUGGAGGCCUUUGUGAAGGCAAUCACGGAUACUUUUGUUCCGGUGAUUCUCUUUGUCUGUUUGGUGUUUCUUUGGCAAGUAUUGUCAUUUUUAUGCUAUAUUUGUGUUUAAAAUUCAUUGAUAAAU